UAGUGAGCCAGUGAGUUUCCCCAUGCUCAUCUAACGGUGAGCGCAUGGCCCCAAAAUUCAAGUACAACACAAACACAACACAACGAGGGGCCGAGGAAAAAGCAGCAGAAAAGACAGCAGCAGCCGCCCGCUCAUAAAUCUAGCAAGAAAAACUUAGUUAAUUCAAUUAAUUACAACCAAAUUAUAUACCGGCAUACGUUAAAUGAAAACCCGUUCGGUCUAAUCAAAUUUUAGCAAAAAUCACUACUUUCAUUUAAAGCGAUUUUAAGUGAAAUUCUAGCGAUUUGUAUAAUUACAUAAAAAGUGUUGCGGAAAUUGACUCUCUCUCUAUCUCUCUCUGCAAAUUUUCACGCGCCGAUGAAAAUUCGCAAAAGAUCUGUAUUAAAUCAUCAAUAAAAAUAGCGAAACUAACGGUACAAUGAGUCCAGCUGUUUAAGAUCCGCAACAAAAAAGAAAAAAACAAGACUCUAAAACAACACGCAUCAAAUCACACGGAAACAACAACAACAACAAUAGGCAUUGCUCAUAAUUAAUAUGUACGAGAAAACAUUAAACAUAGGAACUGCGAAAGUUAAUAAUGCAUAUGUAUGGCAAAAAGUGAGUUACAAUAACAAACCCCAUCCGACAACAACAACCACCGCGCCAGCAGUUAAAGUUAAGCAGAAAAAUGCAACAAAAGCCGCACCAGCAACAACUACAGCUGCAACAACAACAGCAAGAGCAGCAGCAACAGUGCCACCGUUAACCGGCAACAGCAUUACCGUUAAGCAAGGCCCCAAAAUCAAAUUCGUUGGCAACGCGACACGCCGCCAAUCGUUGGCCCAUCAAAUCAAGCGAGCACAUCGCCAUUUACUGACCAGCGGCGGUCAGGAUAAGCAGCCGCAGCAAAAGCAAAAAACACAAGUGCAGCCGCUGUCGGGCAAAACAGUUGCCAAACCGAAACAGAGGCAGCAGAAACAAUUGUUCAAAAGUGAUAAGGCGAAGGAGAAGUGCAGCAGGCAGCAGAGAAAGCGCGCCGGCACCAGGAGCACUCGCAAUCCGAGGGCGCAAUCGGAAUCUUCGGGCCUAUCAUCCCGCUGGUGUUCCAUCGAAGAGCAGCUGAACCUGCUGGACGACCUGCUCUACUACUGCGAUGAGGAGGCCGAACUGUAUCUAGCCCAGUUGUACGAAAGGUUCGAGACACUCCGGCGGAGCAGGAGUUCUACGCCAGUGAGCGAUUUCUGGAGCGAUUCGGAGAUGGAGCACGACGACUCCAGCACCAGUGGCACUGGCAGCCACACAGCCAGCAAUACCAGUCUAGUUCCCGCCUCGCUGAAGCGUCGUGGCCACCAGCAUCAUCCGCGCUUCUCGGGAACUCGCCGUCCCAAUGUGCCCAAUGUCCAGGAGAUCCUGGCCGCCCUCUAUCGCGGCGACUCCAAGAGCGCCCUCUCCAAUCUCAGGGGCGAGACGCAACCUCCUCCGGAGGAGGAGCAACCACAGCAGCAGCCGGAGGAGGUGCUGCCGCCCAGCAGAAGCACUUUAAGCCUGCCCCUUAGUGAAUCGGUGACCAAUUCCCUAGGCAGCAACAGUCCCACACCCACGGACGAGAGCAGCGUGCAGGAUGAAGGGGCGACCCAUCCGGCCGCAUCUUCGAUAGCCGAAGAUGCAGCCCCACCAGCAGCCACAACCACCUCCAAGAGCAAGAAAAAGAAGCGGGAGAAGGGUGAAAAGUCGGAGAAGUCUGAGAAAUCCGACCGGAAGAAGAAGUCCUCGGGCAAGAAGGAGCGCAGCAAACGCUCCAAUCCCAUGGAGGUGAGCAGCGACAGCCUGGCCACCGAUCUCAGUGCCGGGGCCAUCGAUGAGGGCAUCGCACUGGCCGACGAUGACGACAACCAGGCGGCGGAGUGGUCCAAGCUGCGGUGCACCAGUGAGGCGGCCGAGAUUGUGGCGGAGCGGGAGGCUCGCCGGAACAAGGGACGCUGUGCGGAUUAUCCAGGCCUGGCCUUUGGCAGGUCCAUCUUUAGUUCGGACACCAUGAUGAAGUUCAACAUCAUCCGCAACGAGCUGCACAACAUCAUGAACACACAACUCAAACGGGUAAUUAGUGGUCGCGAGACUGGAAGUUGGUUGCACAUUCCUUACUAAUCUAUAUCUUCUCCAAAUUAAGCGAAGAAGCCACCUUGUUGUUGCUCUGCGAAAGGGGACUCCAAAGUUUGGUUAGGUUCAGAAAUUGCUCCAAUUUGUCGCUGUCUUUUUUCGCAUUGAAAUUGCAAAGCGAUUACGUCGUCGUCUUCGUCUUGGUAUUUUCGCGAUUUUCUUGUUGUGCCUUAACCCUUGGCUGGCCCCAGGGUCUUUAUUCGGCCCUCGUGUUUUCUUUUCGCCCUAGGUAAAGAUUAAGCUGCGGUAUAUCUUGACCCACUUCGUUCGUACCACUUAUUUCUCUCACCUUUCACUAGGCAGAAUCGAUUUGCUUAUUAAUGUUGCUUCAACGUUUUUAAUAGUGCGUGAGUUCCUAGAAAUGGUACAAAUUUAACUACGAGCUUAAAAUAUUUUAGCAAAGCAUUCAAUCUUUGAUUUUCCCUUUCUACUUUUAAAAGUAUUCCAUUAAUUUGUGCAAGUUUACUUAAUUGCAGGCAAUUGUUUAAUUAGUUACGCAAUUGCUGGAAUAUCUAACGGUACUCGCCACCGUACAGGCCACCUGUUGCUCUCCUUCCCUGUGUCUCUCUCUAUCGCCUGCUGCUGUGCGGGCGGGAGAAAGAGAGCGUCCGAUAAGACCGCUAAAUGGUAUUAGUGCUUUUCAUUUUUCAGUUUUUGUUUUAAUUUUGCUCAGUGCGCCGAAAAAGGCAACACAGUUUGAAAAGCCAAAAGGAAAACCCGGCCAUUUAUGGCCAAAGCAUAAAACAUGCAGUGCCGCGGCCAAGCUCGAUUUUCCAAAAUUGGCCAACAAAUUAAUUAUUAAACGCCGAUACUCGGCGCGACCUUCCACUAUUAUUUACUUUUAAUUUCUCUUCAAUGUCGCCCGGCUAAAAAUGGACGAGCGCUCAUUGUUUGCAUUAUCAAAACAAUUACGCCAUCGCCGGGAAGUCGGGAAUGAAGUGUAGCUAUAUGUAGCUACAGGUGGUUAAGCAGUUCGAAACAAAGCGGUUAGCAUAACGUGAUUAGUCAUUACGUUGCGCUUACGUUGUUUGCUGAUAAGCGUGAUAAAGCGCCGGCUUUGUGUUUUCCGCUUGCCGUAGUGGAAGCAAUUAGUGGAACGAGUGGGAGGGGGAGAGGUUGCGUUGGCACUCACGCACGCACACACCUGCCACACCGCUUUACUCAUCUUCUUCGCUGCCCAUUUUACAUGCCCGAUUUUUGCAUAAUAUUAUUUGCCUGGAAAUGACAAAAAUCCAAAAUAUUUCUUCACUAAUUAAUGCCAAAACAACAACAAUGUCGACAUGGACAGAAUUUUAGCGGCUUUUAACAGGUUUUCCAGUCGCACACACACGCGCGAGCACACAUACACACACACUGGCGCACCGUUUUAGGCGAGGCAGACAGACUGGAAGGCAGUAGCUUCAGCAGCAGACAUUUGUCCCGCUCGCACAAACCACCACCGCCGCUUCGACGGGCGAUUCGGUGGAUUCAUUUCCAGUUACGUACUCGUCGCAGUCGCGUCGUCGUUGUCUCUCUCUCUGCGUUUUUGUGUUUUUGCCACCAAAUAGCAAUAUUCAAUAUUUAAACGCAGCCUAUUCGCCUGCCAGUUUUGCCACCAAACACUGCCCUUUAAAUUCGAUCCCCAGCCAGGGUAAAAGCAGUUGAAGUUGAAGCUAUCAAAGUA